AUGAUUUGUUUCAAGUUUAAGUUGUGUCGCUCAGUGGAUUGGAUACAAAAAGAAAAUACAUGCCGGUUUAACACAAAAUUUGGCAUCAAGAGUGAAGGUAGUCUAGUGACUAAAGACCAAAUCUUUCAUGUCGAACGGGAAAAUUUCUCAUCGCACUUGGCAGGCAAAUGUCUGAAUCAUUCCUGUACUGAGAAUGACAUCUGUAUUGCUGGGAAAUGUGUUCCUGUUUUAGAAGAAAAAAUUUAUAAAGACUGUUCAGAUAUUGUGAAAAGAGACCCCGGCAAGAAAGGACAAAAUGGGGUGUACGUUAUUUACCCUGACACCCGGAGAGAUGUUUUCUGUGACAUGACGACAGAUGGAGGAGGGUGGACGGUCAUUCAGAAACGACAAGAUGGUGACGUUGAUUUUUACAGGACAUGGAUAGACUAUAAACAUGGAUUUGGGGACGCCUCUAAGAACUACUGGAUAGGGAAUGACGUAAUCCACGCCUUCACAAUGGAUAAAAACCAAAAACUCCGUGUAGAUAUCCAGAGUUGUGACGGAGAACAUGCCUAUGCUGUGUACACUACAUUUUAUAUCGGAGAUGAAAACAAUAAAUAUACACUUACAGUAUCUGGAUACAACGGAACAGCGGGUGACAGUUUAAAGUAUCACAAUGGUAUGAAUUUCACCACUCAGGAUCAGGACAACGACAAGAGGAUUGAUGGUAAUUGUGCUAUAGUACGACAGGGAGCCUGGUGGUACAGGAACUGUGACUACUCAAACCUUAACGGGCAGUACGCCCAGUCUGCCCUGGCUGGUCAAUACUACUCAAAAUGGUGGCACUUGAAACGGAAUGAGGCAACCCACGCCUUAAGAAGGGAUAAAAAGCAAGAACUCCGAAUUGAUCUCCAGAGACAUAAUGGAGAACAGGCUUAUGCUGUGUAUGCCACAUUUUACAUCGUAGAUGAAAACAAUAAAUAUACCCUUACAGUAUCUGGUUACAACGGAAUAGCAGGUGACAGUUUGAUUUAUCAUAAUGGUAUGAGAUUUACCACUAAAGAUCAAGACAAUGACGUCAACAGCGGUGUUAACUGUGCUACGUCAUGGCAGGGAGGCUGGUGGUACAAGUCCUGCCACCACGCCAACUUAAACGGAAAAAUUCGCCGAGGCAAAUGUGUCUGGUUGUCAAUAUGCGGUAUGGUUUCAUUGGAAAAGAAACUACGAAGCGCUACAAAAGACUAA